UCUCUUUUCUACUUAUUAAAUUGCACAACCUUGAAAAAAUAAAUCAGCUGAAAAUAUAUAUUUUAAUACACACACACCUCUUUUCUAUUCAAGUUUUUUUCACAGACUUCGGUCCAAUAAAAGAAAUACAACAUUAAAACUUAUUAUUCAUGAAGUAUUUUUUAAAAGUUUUCGUAUUUUUUCUUGUAUUUUUUUGUAUUUCCUUUGUAUUUUCUUUUUUGCUGUCCUUGUUCAUUUGUAUUUUUGUAUUUUUCCCUUGUGUUUUAUUUAUUUUUUGUUUCUUUGUAUUUUUGUAUUUUUCGCUCAGUUCAUUUUUCACAGCGAGAUAAAUAACAUUUUCUAAAUU